AUGUCAGUGUGGUCGGGCGGUGAGGUCCGCGCGCCGCCCGCGGCCACUAUCCCGUCAGCAAACACCUCCAUGGAGUCCGGGAUUGAAGCGGGAGUGCUACCCACGGUCACGGGAUCGCUCGCCUCAGCCCGGGAUUCGCUGGGAUCGUUAUCCCGGGCCGCGGAACCGCUCUACGACACCGACCACACGGACCUGGGUUCGGAAUUGGACGAGGCGGAAAUACGAAGGGAGUUGAUGCAUGAUAAAUGGCGUCUGCUUUUUGAUAGGUUUGAUCCGGAAGGCUUCGGGGAGAUACCGUGGUCAGACUUCCUACAGACCCUACAGAAUCCUGAUUUUAUAGCCCAGGUGCCGCCUCACAAGCGUGAGAUACUAUUGGAUAAAGCCAAAAGUGCAACAAGUCCGGCCAUAACCUUUCAAGAAUUCGUAAAUGUGAUGAGCGGCAAGCGCACGCGCAGCUAUAGAUGUGCGGUGCAUCAAAGAGACAGAGAAGUCAGCUCUGAGAACGACUUUCAUUUACUAUUAGAAGAUCCAACACUAUUCGCCAGGAUGGUUCAUCUCGUGGCUAUGGAAGUACUCCCGGAGGAGAGAGAUCGGAAAUAUUAUCAGGAAAGGUACACGUGUUGUCCCCCGCCGCUCUUCAUAAUCUGCGUCACAUUAUUAGAAUUGGGUGUGUUCGCGUGGUACGCAUGGGGCGGUGUGGCGGCCGCGGGCCCUGUUCCUGUAGACUCACCGCUCGUGUAUCGACCUGACAGAAGACAGGAGUUGUGGCGCUUCCUCACAUACAGCGUGGUACACGCCGGCUGGCUGCACCUCGCGUUCAACUUGCUAGUACAGUUAGCUGUGGGUCUGCCAUUAGAAAUGGUUCAUGGCGCGGUGAGGUGCGGCGCGGUGUAUCUGGCUGGUGUACUGGGAGGGUCCCUGGCUGCUUCUGUCCUCGACCCAGACGUGUGUCUGGCGGGCGCUUCGGGCGGAGUGUAUGCUCUACUCGCGGCUCACCUAGCUAACGCCUUACUUAACUUCCACGCUAUGAGAUACGGCGCCGUUAGACUAGUGGCAGCCCUCGCAGUCGCCUCAUGUGAUGUCGGAUUCGCUGUCCACGCUAGGUAUACUAAGCAGGAGGCGCCGCCUGUAUCGUACGCGGCGCACGUGGCGGGCGCUCUGGCCGGUCUUACUAUCGGUCUGUUGGUGUUGAAGCACGCACAACAGCGUCUGUGGGAGCGACUGUUGUGGUGGGCGGCGCUGGGAGCGUACGCGGCUUGCACUCUAUUCGCAGUGUUAUAUAACGUGUUCAGCGGCCCGGUAGAUGAGUUGCACUACAUGCCGCCCGACCCGCCGCCGGACGUCGGCUUCUGA